AUGAGAAAUGGACUUGCAGAAUCAUUAUCGAAGUGGCUUACCGAGUCGGCGUACAAUUUGGCUAUGUUUGAAGGGAGGCAUGUUGUUGUUGUAGGAAUUGUUGGAAAAGCUUCUAAUGAUUGUUCUAAGGCCGAUCCAAUCAAUCACUUAUUAGGGCGCCCAAUUUUCAUUCAGCCAAUCGUUGCAGAAGGCAGUACUGCUUCGAUCGAAGCUUACUAUGAAUCAGAAUUGUCAGUUCUUUUUUUGCAUCUUUCUGGUUAUGGUGAUUUAUGCUCAUUGGAACAUUUCGUACGAAAUAAUGAUAGCGACCAAACGGAUUUCUUCGAACUUCUUUCGCAGCAGGAAAUCGACUAUGCACGAUGUCUGACCUUUCUCUUGCUUUAUUCGCAUCUGCUCAUUUACAUGGAACCAGGUUGUCGAUUUGAUCAGAAUUGUUGCCGUGAUUUGAAACGAGCUAAUGAACUUCGACGGUUUUGUCAGAAAGAAAUUCGGAUAAAAUUGUCAGCUGUUACGGGUUUCCCACAAGGAUGGUCUGCUGAAGGACGCUUAGCUCAACCGCGGUGCCUGUUUGCUUUCCAUCGUCAUUUACUGAGGGGUGAUUUAAAUUCCAGUAGAAAGAGAGAGCUGAAGAGCAAACUCGUGGAAAAAUUAGAACAGCAAAUAUAUCGUUGUAUGCAAAUAUAUGGACUUGUUGCGGCUGGUGAUAGAAAUUGCCCGUGUAGUUUACCGAAGUCUUCGGAACAAUUUGUUUACUUAUUUUCGGCAGCAGAAUCAUCUCAUGAUGUUAUUCGUGGAAGUUUGUUGAUGCUUAUUGAACGAGGUAGCAGUAAAGAAGGCAAUGACGGAAGUGAAAAAAGUGAAAAAGAAGAGCGUAGUGAUUUUGGUGAAUUUCUGCGGUCUCACAUCGAUCUCGUGCGACAAGAUGAAGAGAGAAGGAGAUAUCUUUAUGAAAUACCUAAGCUGAAGUGGCUUUUGAUUGGUGGACGAAUCAUUUAUGAUCAGUUAUUCCGAACACGAAUCUUUAGUGAUGAGAAAAUAUACAGACUUAGUAGUCUUGAACUACAGUUUUCCAAAAGCGUGGAGAGUACGUACAUUGGACAAGCUAAAGCAGUAUAUCAAAACGGUAACAAGGAUACACGUGAUUUUGAGAAACGAAAAUCAUUGGUUUUUACGAAAGCAGAGCAUGAAGCUAAGUUGGCACGUGCAAUGGAACAUUUGGAAUGUAUUUAUCAUGGCACCACAUUAGGAAAGGCUAAAGAAAAACUGAAACAGGAAUGCGAAGCUCUUUGGGCUAUUCAAAAAGCAUGUGAAUUUGUUUCCCUCACUGGGAAUGAAUGUGUUCUACCGGUUCAUUAUUCUCUAUCGGAUGUGGAAGUGCCAGCCACGAAACGAGUUCCUCACUCAAGUGGAGCCCGUUUCCUUUCUACAUGUAAUUGUGGCCAUUCGCAGGCAUUGCGGAAUGAUCCAUUUUCAUUAUAUGAAGCCAACCAUGUUUUCUACAUUCAGUCGCAGUUUACAUGUUGCAAAAAUAUGGAAGAAUAUGAAUUUGAAGUUUUCAAAUAUGAUGAUAUCAAUGAAGCAUCGUUAGAUAUAGAAAGUUUACCGGAUAAAUCACAAAAAUCGAUGACUUCUCCAGAACAUAGUUUUUCCGAAUCUUCAUCAACAUCGAUAGGAGAAAACGAUUUGAAAAUGCUUUUGGAUCGUGAUAAUCCCUUGGAAGGUGAUGAAGUACAUCGUGAAAGUAUACAGUCUCCUUUUAAAACAGUAGGUACAGAUACUGAUGAUGUCGAGAAAGAAUUAGAAGAAAAGAAAGUCUCUAUAUCGUCAGGAACGGAAAAAUGUGGUGAAGAACAAACUCCUGAAGAAAUGGAGAAUAAUGAUGAAGAGGAUGAUGAGGAAUACGUUAGGACGGAAGAGGUUGAGCAACCAUUUUUAGGAAUGCGGCGUCAUCGAGCGCACAUGGAUGAUUACGAAUCGUGGUCGCAGGAAGAUGAAGAGGAUAUUCCGGAAACUGAAGCACAAGUUUCAUAUCUUGAUGAUGAUGAUGUGCAAUUACGAGAACCGGACAUAGAUAACCCUGAUAAGUUAGAUAACUCCGCUAUGAAUUUUGAAGAGGAAUUAGCAAAGCUAAGAAAAUUAUGCAAAGGUCAAUUUUUGGAAUGUGUUCCGAAUACAGAAUCACCAUCUAGAAGACCUCUUUUCCCCUCAUGGUCACUUUUAUGUCUGGGUGCAUCAAGUUUGUACAGUCAUAAGGCUGGCCUUCGCGAUAUGCCAAACUUCAAAAAUGGGACGCAGUUUCUCUUACCGGUCGAUGUUUUUGUUACAGUCGAUCCUGAGAAAUGGGAUAUUGAUAUGAAAGAAAUUAUGGGCGAUACAUAUGGUGUGAGAUCGAAGCGUCUUAUCAAAGUGAACAAGAGUAAUCGUGAAAAAGUGAAAUUGUUUGUUGGAUUUGAAUAUGAAUGCCCAAGAGGACAUCGAUUUAUGAUUCAGGAUAUGCAUGCCAACACUGGAGUGAAAGCAGCAUUGAAUUCAAAAGAAUCGGGGUCAACUUUGAUUCGUUCAGAUUUACCACUGUGGACAAAAUGUACAUGUCGUCGAUUGCCGCAAGUAAGUGCUCAGUUGAUGCGACUUCACGUCGUUACUCCUAAAGCUCCGGUUACUGUUGUCUUGAAUCCUCGUGUUCAGCCAACAUCAAAAGAGCCAAUAUACCAUACAGGAGAAGCACCCAUACAUCUGGAAUGGGCACGUUAUUAUAUUUUACGGUUCCCUUAUGUUUAUGCUGGACCACAUGGAACUGUUCAACGACCCAGUGAGACCGCCAUGUCAGGCAAAUUGCUGGCAAAUUGUGUUGAAGUACAAUACAUACCGAUGCAUUAA